GCUUCUGCAUUCUGCCGAGCAUCACUUGUAAUCCUUUCAAAUACUUCAUAAUCCAUCUUCUUCAUUUCCAUCAAUAAGAUGGCCGUCACUAGCUACACUCAGGAGUUCACAACUCCAAUUGCUCCAUCCAGGAUGUUCAAGGCUUUGAUUCUUGAUUCCCACAAUCUUAUGCCCAAGAUUGUUCCUCAGGGCAUCAAGAGCAUCGAGUUCCUCCAGGGAAAUGGUGGAGCUGGAAGUAUUAAGCAGACCAAUUUCACCGAAGGUGGUCAUUUGAAGUAUUUGAAGCACAGGAUUGAUGCCAUUGAUGCUGAGAACCUUGUGUGCAAGUAUACUUUAAUCGAGAGUGAUGUAAUUUUAGACAAGAUUGAGUUUGUUGCUUAUGAGGUCAAUUUUGAAGCUACAGAUAAUGGCGGAUGUGUGUGCAAAAUGACCAGUGAAUAUCACACUAGAGCGGGUGUAGAGCUUAAAGAAGAGGACAUCAAACAAGGCAAAGACAAGGCUAUGGGACUUUACAAAGUGGUCGAGGAAUACCUUUCGGUGAACCCCGGUGUCUAUUGUUAAGCCGUUGCCCUUGUGCUCCAAUAAGUUGUACUUUCACAUACUUCAGCUUUGCUGUUUGUCUUGUUCCUCCGGAACUUCAAGUCCCAUCAUGAAAAAAUUUAUUGUAUUCAUAUAUCAUUUAUAAGGGAAGGAUGG